AUGCAUUCAUCAACUAAUUUAGAAAAUUUGCAGUUAAAAAAACUAAGAGAAUUGAAAAAAAAGAAAGAAAGAAUAACUAAAUGUGUUCAAGAAUUAGAUGAAGAUUAUAGAAGAAAGGAAGAUGAGCUUUCAUCGCAAAAACAAAAUUUAACAGAACUGGACGGAUUGGAUAAGAUCAAAGAAAGAAGGAUGUUUGAAAGUUCAACCUUACCGAAAUUCAACGGAAAAACCAACAAUUUCACUAAAUUUGGAUUAAUAUGUGAUCAGUAUUUAUCAGCAUUGAAAGAAGAUUACGAAAAGGCGAUUCAAGAUCGUCAGAAUCAAAGAUCAACUGGUAUUGAGAACUUGAGAAGAUUGUGUAAAUUUCUUUUUCAGACAGAUAACAUUGGCAAUACUAUGGCAAAAAUUAUAAUAUUUUUGCUCGAUUCUGAUAAACAAGAGAGAAGGCAUAAUUUUAAUACUGUAAAAGAUCUUCUUAUAAAAUUAGAAAUCAUAGAAAUGGUGUUGGAAGAUGAUGAGAUAAUAUUGAAAUUUAAAGUUGAUGAAUGA